AGAGAAGGAGAAGCGCGUUUGUGCGUCCCAGUCCCAGUACAGCGUGGAGAGUUUGGGCAGCGUGUUCUGAUUCUCUCCGGGACGGCGAGCACAUUUGUGCUUUGCCCGCCGCGCCCUAGGGGGCCUUUUGGGGCAGCGUAGUCGGUGUUUUUGAACUGACUCCACAGCUCGUGGCGGGCCGUGCGGCGCCCUGACCCGGCCUCACCAUGUUGGUGCUGUUUGAAACGUCUGUGGGCUACGCCAUCUUUAAGGUUCUAAAUGAGAAGAAACUUCAAGAGGUUGAUAGUUUAUGGAAAGAAUUUGAAACUCCAGAGAAAGCAAACAAAAUAGUAAAGCUAAAACAUUUUGAGAAAUUUCAGGAUACAGCAGAAGCAUUAGCAGGGCUGGUUUUCCCCAUGUGUGAGGAGAGGUGAGAAGUGGUUAAGUUGAUCUCCCUGUGGAAACCAGCAACAUAAUGCUGAAGCACAGUUCAGUAAAAGGUGUUCUACAAGGGACCAAGCAUUCACAGCUCUGAUGGAGGGCAAAAUCAAUAAGCAGCUGAAAAAAGUUCUGAAGAAAAUAGUAAAAGAAGCCCAUGAACCGCUGGCAGUAGCUGAUGCUAAACUAGGAGGGGUCAUAAAGGAAAAGCUGAAUCUCAGUUGUAUCCAUAGUCCUGUUGUUAAUGAACUUAUGAGAGGAAUUCGUUCACAAAUGGAUGGAUUAAUCCCUGGGGUAGAACCACGUGAAAUGGCAGCUAUGUGUCUUGGAUUGGCUCACAGCCUGUCUCGAUAUAGAUUGAAAUUUAGCGCUGAUAAAGUAGACACAAUGAUUGUUCAGGCAAUUUCCUUGUUAGAUGACUUGGAUAAAGAACUAAACAACUACAUUAUGCGAUGUAGAGAAUGGUAUGGCUGGCAUUUCCCUGAAUUAGGAAAAAUUAUUUCAGAUAAUUUGACAUACUGCAAGUGUUUACAGAAAGUUGGCGAUAGGAAGAACUAUGCCUCUGCCAAACUCUCUGAGUUGCUGCCAGAAGAAGUUGAAGCAGAAGUGAAAGCAGCUGCAGAGAUAUCAAUGGGAACAGAGGUUUCAGAAGAAGAUAUUUGUAAUAUUCUGCAUCUUUGCACCCAGGUGAUUGAAAUCUCUGAAUAUCGAACCCAGCUCUAUGAAUAUCUACAAAAUCGAAUGAUGGCCAUUGCACCCAAUGUUACAGUCAUGGUUGGGGAAUUAGUUGGAGCACGGCUUAUUGCUCAUGCAGGUUCUCUUUUAAAUUUGGCCAAGCAUGCAGCUUCUACCGUUCAGAUUCUUGGAGCAGAAAAGGCACUUUUCAGAGCCCUCAAAUCUAGACGGGAUACCCCUAAGUAUGGUCUCAUUUAUCAUGCUUCACUUGUAGGCCAGACGAGUCCCAAACACAAAGGAAAGAUUUCUCGAAUGCUGGCAGCCAAAACUGUUUUGGCUAUCCGUUAUGAUGCUUUUGGUGAGGAUUCAAGUUCUGCAAUGGGAGUUGAGAACAGAGCCAAAUUAGAGGCCAGGUUGAGAACUUUGGAAGACAGAGGGAUAAGAAAAAUAAGUGGAACAGGAAAGGCGUUAGCAAAAACAGAAAAAUAUGAACACAAAAGUGAAGUGAAGACUUACGAUCCUUCUGGUGACUCCACACUUCCAACCUGUUCUAAAAAACGCAAAAUAGAACAGGUAGAUAAAGAUGAUGAAAUUACUGAAAAAAAAGCCAAAAAAGCCAAGAUUAAAGUUAAAGUUGAAGAAGAGGAAGAAGAAGAAAAAGUGACAGAAGAAGAAGAAACAUCUGUGAAGAAGAAGAAGAAAAAGGGUAAAAAGAAACACAUUAAGGAAGAACCACUUUCUGAGGAAGAACCAUGUACCAGCACAGCAAUUGCUAGUCCAGAGAAAAAGAAGAAAAAGAAAAAAAAGAGAGAUAACGAGGAUUAACAGAAAGGAAUUACGAUUAUAUCACCCGGACACAUCAUGCUUAAGAUUCAACUGGGAGCAUACCAGGGAUGGUGUCUAUAACGUAAUCAAGGGAAGGUUCAGUAAAACAAAGUGAUUUAUCAUCUAUAACUUCAAACCUAUUUGUGUCUUGACAUCAACUCUGCUAACCUUAUGUCAUCAUUUCUUAGAGUCUUUGAUAUACAAAUAAAAUUUUCUUUGUAUUUUAA